AUGGCGUCAAGCGGAGAUCAGAAGCCUUUGAGCACUGGAGAUCUGAAGCUUCAGGCCGAGGGCAAGGAAAAGAAAAUCCAGCGCAAACGCGAACAGAGCGAGAAACGUCAGGCCGCCAACGAGGAGAAGAAGCAGCUCAAGGCGCAAGCCAAGCGCGCCGCAAAAUCGGUGGUUCCAGCAUGCCAGGCCACCGACAAGGCAAAGAAGGAGGAGCGCAAGGGAAGGAAAGACGAUAAGCAGUUCAACCGCAUGCUGAGACAGGCCGACAAGCUCGAGGCUCAAGCCAAGAAGCUCUUGGCCGAGGCUGCGCAGGCGCGCGCGAGACACGCGGUCAUGGUUGAGAAGAGAGCGAAGGACGCUGCCGAGGAAGAGAAGAAGAAGGCCCUAGCUGCAAAGAAGGACAGCAAAGAUCUCAAGAUCUACGACGACGACAGUGACUCAGAUUCCAAUUCCUCCUCGGACCCAUCAUCAUCAUCUUCGUCCUCCUCAGACUCGGAUUCAGAUUCAGACUCAGACUCGGAAGCGGAAGAGACCAAGGGCGGCGCUGCUGUGGAACAAGAUGAGGAUGUCGAGAUGGAGCCCGAGUCACCAAACCCUAGCGCACAACUCCGUGCUGAAAGUGAGGCAAGAGCCAUCACCAAGGAGCAGGAGACGGAGGUCGAUCAAGAGGAAAAGAAGCCUAAGAAGUCAAAGAAAGCCAAGAAAAGUAAGAAGGUCGAGGAGAAGAUUGAGGAGGUCAAGGAGCCCAAGGAGCCAACCCCCGCCAUGAAGGAGAAGAAGGAUAAGAAGAAGAGCAAAAAGUCCAAGGUUGUAGAGGAGGUCGAAGAAGAGGUGAAGCAGCCCAAAAAGUCCGACAAGAAGCGCAAGCGCUCAAGGGAGCAGGACGAGGACGAGUCUGACGGCGGUGUUGCAAUUACUGAGGAGACCCCUAGCAAGAAGUCCAAGAAGGACAAGAAGAAGCAGAAGAAGGAAGAGAGCGAGGUGCAUGAUACCAACACUGCUGCUGCUGAGCAGUGGGAUGUCGGACACCUGGGAGGAGGUGCAGACCGUCAGCAAAAGUUCAUGCGUCUUCUCGGUGGUGGAAAGAAGGGUGCUGCCGCACCUCAAGCUAGUGGUACCAAGGGCAAGCGUGAUAUCAACAAAAUCACCCAGGAGCUCGAACAGCAGUUCCAGGCUGGUGUGCACAUGAAGUAUGACGCUGGCGGCCAGCGUCGCGGUCUCGGCGCAUAA